AUGAUUAGACAUUUACAUGUAAAGUCGAAUGAAGUCAUAAAAUACGAAGGUCAAUGCAUUACGUAUUUAAAUAUUACCUUAGUUGAUUUUUUACUUUUAUUGUUAAAUUUUAUGUUUCAACAUUUCAAAAUGAGUACUAUACCACAACAUCAAAAAUCAGUCGUCAAUCCUGAAGAAGUAACAUCAGCAAUAAAUGCUGCAUUUGCUGAAUUUCUUGCUGUUGAACCUACGACAACUGCACUUCUUUUACAUCAUCAACAAAAUAUUGAUUCAACAAUAUUAACUAAUGAAAUUACACAUAAUGAUAAUGAUUUAUCAAGAAAUAGUCGACCACCAACACCAUAUGCAGUUUCAACACAUACAUACAAUGAUUCUUCAUCUUCAUCAUCAACUACAAAUACAACAAAUUUACCACGUUAUAAAACUCUUCUAGAUAGAUAUACAUCAAAUAAUAAUCAACAAAGUUUAAUCACGUCAAAUAGUAAUAAUCGUAUAGAAAAUUAUUGUAAUACAUCAACAUCUUCGAUUAAUCAAAGAAAACGACCUAUAUCAAAUGAAUACAAUUCAUCAAAACGAUUUCAUCCCUCACAAUCAUCAACAGCAUCUUCUCAUCAAUUACAACUUCAACAAUGUUCAUCAUCAUCAUCAUCAUCAUCAUCAUCAUCGUCAGCAUCAACAUCAGCAUCUAAUAGUGGCAAUAAUUCGAAUACAUUGAUACAUUCUAGAACAUCAAUUUAUAAUGAAACAAAUCAAAUACAUUCUGAAAUUCUCGAUUCAAGUGAUGAUGAAGAUUCUUCGAAUAAUUUAUUUGCUCCAAAUAGAUCAUUAAAUUCUUCAUGUUUAUGUUCACAUCAUCCAUCUCGAAUAAUCUCAUCAUCAUCAUCAUCAUCAUCAUCAUCAUCACCAUCAUCAUCAACCAUUCAAACAAAUCAUCAAUCUAAUCCUCAUUCUCAAUUAUCAUUACCAAUUCAACAACAUAAUUAUCAUCCAUCUCAUUUACGUCAUCAUUAUCGUCAACAAUUAACAUCAGAAAUACGUCGUCAACGUCUUAGUACAUUUCAAAAUCAAACACCAUCAUCAACAAUGAUUACAGCUGAUCAACAUUUACAUGCUAUCUUAACAAAUCCAGCAAUAAUAACAACAACAACGACAAAUAAUAAUAUUCGUAAUAAUCAUUUAACUAUUCAACCAAAUUUAACAUAUAAUUCAAAUUCAAAUAUAAAUAUAACAACAAGAAAUGAAAAUAAUACAUGGCCAUCAACAUCAUUUUUAUUUCGUUCAUUUCAUAAUUUAAUUUUUUUACGUAAUAAUGAACAUGUCUUUGAAGAAUUAUUACGUAUGGAAGAACAAUUAAAUGGUUUAAAUAAUUCUACAAAUAUAGGUGCAAGUCAAGAACAUAUUAAUUGUCGUACAUUAUCAUAUAAAUAUGUAAAAGAAAAAAUUUCUGUUGAAGAAAAAUGUACUAUUUGUUUAUGUGAAUAUGAUCAAUAUGAUAAUGUACGUCGUUUACCAUGUAUGCAUUUAUUUCAUAUUGAAUGUGUUGAUAAAUGGUUAAUACAAAGUAAACGAUGUCCUAUAUGUCGAAUUGAUAUUGAUUUUCAAGGAGAUUUUGGUGGUUAUAUUUGUUAG